GUCUCCAGUCUCCAGUCGCCAGCUUUCAGUAUAAUACAAAUCCAGACUACCCGGCGCGUCUUCUCCCAUGGAAAUACGAGCCUCCUCGACAUCAAAGCCAGUAUGACGACAGCAUUAGCUGCGCAACUUGCGCAGAUUGCUGCGAGUUCGAAAUCGACACUCGACGUUAAGGCGCAGAAAGCGGCCCAUUCAAAGUCGUUAAUCUUCGAACCACGAGUUGCGGCGUCGCAAAACUUCCAGACUCUCUAUGGUAUCUGUCACCAAGGAUAUGAAGAGCUUUGCCAGCUAGAUUCGCGCUUCGUACCCUUUGGUACAACCAUAUUCAGCGAGCAGAGUCAGGAUGAGGACCGGAGUCAAAUGACUGCUGCCGAAAAUGCAGAGCUCGACAAGAAGAUAGACUCAUUUCUCCACCUCGCGGGAGCGCGGCUUAGGCUUAUGCCAACAAUCAAGGCUAUUGAAUGGCUUAUCAGGAGAUUUAGGAUCCACGAAUACAAUACAGUCAUGCUCAUCUCGACCUUCCUCCCAUACCACACCAUCCCAGCCUUUGUGACACUCCUGUCUAUCUUGCCUAGUAGGAUACCGCCAGUGUAUAAGUUCUUAGAUCCCUACGUACGGUCGUUGACUCAGCCACCGAGGUCUGUCAUUGUCCACCAAGCGAUACACCAUUCCGACUUCCUCGCUACCCUCUCGACGUACACUCUAGACGCAUGCAAGGCCCAGCACCACUACCCUGCCUUGAUAUCUUUCUGGGGCGGGAUAAUGACCGAGGCGGUGAAUGGUAUGCUAGAUAAAAUGCGAUCCGGUCGUCGUAGCAUUCAACGAAGCAACGACCAAACUCUGCUGCACCAAAUAGGUCCUAUCCUUAGUGACGCUUUAGUCAUGAAUAAGGUCCCUGGUUUGCAAAUAGCCUCAUAUAUGGUGAUAUCUGUUUUCGUUGCGAAGGGCGACCUUGAUGAUACCGCCAUCAGUGCCUUGAUGGAGCAACUCGUUACUGGAUGGAUGGCAGAAUCCCUCCGUCCUGGUCUUGUCUGCCUCUCGAUUCUCGCACAAUAUCGAUCAGCGAAGCAAAUGUCCAGAAAAGUAACGAAGGCAUUUCUUAAGAUCCCGAACCUUUCUACUCUCCUUCCCGAAAUUGGCAGAGAGCAUAAUAUUACAAAGCUGGCGAAUGGUCUGUGUCUAGCCCUGGUAGAUAGGGCUCACAAGAAAGGCGAUAUAAAAGGCUUGCCGGUCAUUGAGUCGAUUCUCUUAAGUUCGGUUAUCAAUGACCAGCAGACGGCAGUCAUUUUCAAAAGUUUAUUGUUAGCAGCACACAAAGUCGGCGAUGACGUCGACCCGCAAGGAGAAGUGCGAAAGGCUCUAGCUUCUAUAAUUAUCAGGCUUUCGCAACUCGAUACGGACGCUGGGAAGAUAUUCAUCAAAGCAAUCGACGAGACCGAAGUCGACGUGGAUGCGCUAGAACUUAGGCUCGGUACUGAUCUUCGACCGAAACAACUUGCUAACCAGCCCCAACAAGAUAUUCCGAUGGUAGACGACGAAACUGUGCCGGUGCUUGUCGAAGGCAUGGAAUCUAUUGUCCAGCGCGUAGCCCACAUAUCGACCUCGCCAUCAGACUCGUGUCUACGAGCUGCUUCUUCGGACAUCUUCACCGACCUAUGUUCCAUCUUUCUUUUUAGCGUUGCUGAUCCGGAUAAUCUCAAGUCUUUCGACAAACUCGCGCCGUUGCAGCACGGCCAAGGGAGCGAGACACCCUUUUAUCUCACGUUCUUAAUGCGAACAUGGUGCGGACCAUACCCGGUAUUAGCUCGUGCUGCGGCUCUUGACUUGGCAAAGCGGCGCCUAAAAGACGACGACUGCAAGAGCGUAGACUUCCAAGCCCUCUUGCCAUACACUCUCGCGGCUCUAAAUGACCCAUCGAAAAGGGUACGUCGCGCUGCCGCGGAUUUAGCAGCUGUCCUUGAAAAUUUGUUCCAAGAUUUAGAAAAGUCUGAAACUCACAUCCGUUGGGCUAACGACUAUUUGUAUGAUGACGCUGAAUCGUCGGUAUGGAUGGACGUGGACGUCUGUUACAAAUUGCUGCACAAUGUCGUCACACCUGGCCUCGAAGAGUGUGUCUUAAAUGCUGAUCACAUCAUCGAGGUCUUACAAAGCGCAUUGAACAGCAGCUCGAAAUCUUCAGCUGAAGAAGAUAAGGAUAAGAAAAGCCACCUUUCGCAUAGUACCCGACGAUCCAUCCUAUCCUUCCUCUCUUCCCACGCAAUUCAAACUCCUCUCAUCGUCCUGAAGAUCCGCCUUCUUGCGUCAUUAAACCAGGUCAAGGGUGUCUCAGGCACUACUCGUACUCAAUUACUUCUACCACUGCUCAAAUGGUGGUCAUCCUUGUCUUCCGACGACGCUACCCGCGUGUGUGCCCAAGAAAAUGCCGGAGAGCCGGUCCUAGACCAAAGCAUUGUCGAGAUAGUGCUUCCGAACGAUAAAGAUGGCAUGGAAUUUCUACUAGGCAUUGUGGGAACUCAGCAAGUUAUUACAAGACCUAACCUCCUUCACGCCAUUUUCUUGCGAAUCCAGAGUUUAUGGCCAUCUAUGAAAACGGAUGCGAAGCAUAUGGUUGCUAGACAAAUGCUCGAACUAUCACAAAGAGAUCCGUCUAGUGAUGGCGGUGCCGUCUCCAGCGAAGCUGCGAAUCUCUUAAGGAAUGUGGAGCUUACAACAAACAUUCUCCUAUUCUUCCUAGAGUCUCUACAGCCGGCGGCUAAGAUGGCUACCGAACCACCAUCGGGCAAGCGUAGAAGGACUAGCUCUUCCGAGGCUCAUCGGGGACUAGGGACACAACCAACUCCAGAAUUAAGCACAAUGCUCAGGCAAGUCACCUUUGUACUGCAGCUCGUCGAGGGAUCCAAUCCUGAAAACCACCCUGAGCUACUCAAUGCUCUUUUCAAUGCCCUUUCCGAGCUCCAACAUUUUAGAGUAUUAGUUGGUUCGGAACUAGGGUAUCUUCAAAACCUCAUUCUUCGGAGUUUGCUGGCCAUGGUUCCCGCAUACAAGAAGGACAAGUCGUUGAAGAUUGACAGCACUGGCGGACACGGCGACCUCCUUGUUAAUUGCAUCCAGAAAUCCUCGAGUCCGUCAGUGCAAAACACUGCACUUCUGCUUGUCGCAAGCUUAGCAAAUGUUGCACCGGAUCUAGUACUCAACAGCGUGAUGCCAAUCUUCACGCAUAUGGGAGGGUCGGUGCUCCGUCAAAGCGAUGACUACUCAGCCCAUGUGAUAAAUCAAACAGUUAAAGAAGUUGUGCCGCCUCUUAUCCAGUCGCUGCGAAAAGGAAAGAUAAGUCCUCUGGCGGGAGCUUCCGAACUUUUACUCAGUUUCGUAACUGCGUACGAACACAUACCGUCACAUCGAAGACUUGGGCUAUUCGUAUCCCUAGUUGAGACCUUGGGUGCUGAGGAAUUCUUGUUUGCACUCUUAGCUAUGCUUACCAACAUGUACGGCGCUACUGAUCAAGUUUUAUCUUUCGCUACCGAAAUCUUCAACUACUUCAAGGUAGAGAUUCAACUCCAGUCCUUGAUCAAGCAUCUCGGCCUAAUUGGUGAUAUCUUUCAACCAAGACCCGGUCUAUCCUCGACCCUCCUUGGCACCAACGAACAGAGUGAUCGGGAUCCCCAGAAAAUUGGGUUUCGCCAAUUAACAUUGGUCCCCCAUCUUUUAUCCAGCAGAAAAUUGACCACACAGAUCGCUAAACUCACUGAGCGGGACGACAUGGAGGCUUCUAAGGUCCGAGAACUUUAUUCGACUCUGUUGGAGGAUCUCCUAGUUUUAGCAGAUUCGUUGAAACAACAUAAGAACCUGUAUAAUCUCUGUGGUGACGCGCUAUCGAAGCUUCUGAAUCUCCUCUCUAUUGGAGAGUUUAUCAAAUCUGUGGAAACCCUCCUAGAUCGACCUGAUGCUGUCCUACGGCGUAAGGUCUUGCGCGCUGUCGAGGUCAGGAUCGACGAGGAGAGCCAGGGAGAUGCUAAUUCCAGAGUAGCCCUUCUUGCAUUCCUGCCACACUUAACAGCUAUCAUUAGAGUCUCGGAGGAUACGGCAUACAAGCACCUAGCUGUAGGCUGCGUGGACAAGAUCUCCGAGAAAUACGGAAAGAAGGAUCCGGAGGCUGUGACUGCGGCUGCUGCAACAAUUGCUAGCGACCAAUGUUUGGGUCAAGAUGAUGAUCAGCUCCGCGUAAUGGCGUUGCUUUGCCUGGCAUCUUUGGUAGAUGUACUUCAGGACGGUGUCAUGCCCGUUCUACCAUCUGCUAUUCCGAAGGCGCUUUCGUACAUUGCAGAAAGCAUGAAAAGCGAGGCUUCGGGGGUUGAACUCCAUAACGCCGGCUACGCAUUCAUGGCAGCGCUGGCACAGCAUCUCCCCUACAUGCUCUCUGGGUCCUAUCUAGGCCAGCUUCUAGCAGUAUCAAGCGCAUCUUCUAGUUCUAAAUUGGGCGCCGAAGCCAAUGAUGCUAGAUUGCAAUGUUUGCGAUUACUUGCCAAGCAGGUCGAUGCUAAGACUCUGUUCUCUGCUCUAGAACAAAACUGGGGUACAGCCAUAGAUUCCGGCCCAGUUGCCACGCGAGAAUAUCUUGACAUUCUCGGCAUCGCACUUGACAAACAUUCGAAAACAGAUAUCUCCAAGAAUAUCGCCUCCCUAUCGGCCAUAUUCCUUAAUGCCUUUGAUCUUCGUAGACUGAAGUGUUCCAAGGGUGGUGCUAGCGAGGACUUCUCGAGGCAAAUACACCGCAUCGAAGAAGCGAUUAACAUAGUUGCUCUGAAGAUGAUAUACAAACUCAACGAUGCAACAUUCCGACCGAUAUUCUCUCAGCUGGUAGACUGGUCUGCAGGCUUGCCGGAGAAGGAUACCGAAGGCAAAAACCUCAGGCUUUUGAGCAUAUACGGCUUUUUCCUAUCUUUCUUCAGCGGCCUAAAGUCUAUCGUCACUAGCUACGCAUCCUACAUUCUCGACAGUGCCGUCGACAUUCUCCAAAGCACAAGUCCAAAGAGACCUGUAGAACAGGAACUAUGGAAGAAGGUACUGAACACUCUAGCAAAGUGUUUCGAGCACGACCAAGACGACUUUUGGCAGGCUCCUGCUCAUUUCGGCGCAAUAGCGCCCACUUUGGCCUCGCAAUUUCCUCACGCCUCUUCCAUUAACUUAACAAACGAGCUUAUUCCUGCCGUAGUCGAACUCGCAGCCGCAGCCGAUUCUCAAGAACACCAAAAAGAACUGAACGGAGCUCUACUAAAGCAUCUGCGCUCCGAGCAGGCGUCGGUCCGUCUAGCGGCCGUGAAAUGCGAACAAGCGCUCACAAGUAGGUUGGGCGAAGAAUGGCUGGCUAUGUUGCCAGAAAUGCUUCCAUACAUCAGCGAAUUGCAAGAUGACGACGACCAGUUGGUCGAACGGGAGACGUACAUCUGGAUUAAGGGGAUAGAGGGAGUCCUGGGCGAGGAAUUGGAUUCUAUGUUGCAAUAGAGGGUGUCGAAUAGAUAAGAACUAAAUGAGAACCGGUUGUUAACCAAUCUUUCUACGUCCAAUUCAUCUAGGUCGUGUGUAAUUUAUUCUAUAAAGGCAUGGAAGGGUUAGUCCCUUUUUCGGGUUGUACAUAAUUCCUAGACAAAUAAAUAUUGAUUACAAGAU